AUGGAAUAUGCUAUCAUUGGUGUCAUUAAGGAACUUGCAACGACAGGGAUAGCUGGUAUUAAGGGCAUUACUUGGGGUGAUGGCACCACUUCUGUGCCACCUACAGGAAUUAUUUGGAAUGAAGGAUUAAGAGUGGAAAGGGUCUCUUCAGGAUCAA